CCGAACCUACCUAACAGCAAAGCCCCGAAGACCCCGAAUUGUUGAUUGAAGCUUUCCAUCCUCCGUCUUUGCUGCCCCACCAUUAGUGAGCCCCGAGACCUGAGUGCCGAACCUCCCAAUGCCCAAUCCCCAUGCAAGCAAGCUCUCUAUGGGAGCUCUCGAUAGCUAGUCUAGAACCUGAGCUGCGAUGCCAAUGCUGCAAGAAACGGGAGGGGCAGAAGAACUUGAGACAUGGACCUCAUCACUUUGAUGUCUCCAGUCCAUCCAUCCUCCAUCCAAAGGCGGUCGGACUCCGAACAAGCGGUGGGAACCCCCACCGAUUACGGCCCCGUUGACACUGCCAGUCACUCCAGUGCUGAGGCUGGCCCCUGCCCGAGUAACUCAAAAUUGCCCCCCCUCCUGCAGGUCGACUCGUUCGGUUCCAUUCCCCUCUGGGCACUACUUAUUUCUUUCUUCCCCCGCUCAAGUCAACCCUUCUUUCUCUCCUUCUCUCCUCAUCCCACUUUUCACACUCCCUCUUUGCGUCUGUCACUCCAGCCAGGCUCAAGGAACAGGUCACUGUGAACCAACAACAACACCAUCUCCCUCUUCAAAUCCCAGAUACACCUCACAGCCAUCAAGAUGGUUCAAUCAUCCGUGCUGGGUUUCCCCCGUAUGGGCGUCCUUCGUGACCUCAAGAAGGCCAACGAGGCUUACUGGGCCGACAAGAUCUCCCAGGAGGCUCUCCUCGAGGAGGGCAAGAGACUCCGUCUCGCCCACUGGAAGAUCCAGAAGGAUGCCGGUGUCGACAUCAUCCCCUCCAACGACUUCGCUCACUACGACCACGUCCUUGACCACAUCCAGUUCUUCAAUGCCGUUCCCGAACGCUACACCAAGCAGAAGCUCUCCCCUCUCGAUGAGUACUUCGCCAUGGGCCGUGGCCACCAGAAGGGCGGUGUCGAUGUCCCCGCCCUCGAGAUGGUCAAGUGGUUUGACUCCAACUACCACUACGUCAAGCCUACCCUCCAGGACAACCAGACCUUCUCUCUUGCCGAGAACCCCAAGCCCGUCCGCGAGUUCCUCGAGGCCAAGGAGGCUGGCAUCAUCACCAGACCCGUCCUUGUCGGCCCCGUCUCUUUCCUUGCCCUCGGCAAGGCUGACCGUGGCUCUUCCGUCAACCCCAUCUCUCUCCUUGACAAGCUCGUCCCCGUCUACGUCGAGCUCCUGAAGGCCCUCAAGGCCGCCGGUGCCGAGACCGUCCAGAUUGACGAGCCCACCCUCGUCUUCGAUCUCGCCCCCGAGGUCAAGGCUGCUUUCAAGCCCGCCUAUGAGGCUUUCGCCGCUGCUGGUGAUGCCAUCCCCUCCCUCAUCGUUGCCACCUACUUCGGUGACAUCGUCCACAACUUUGACGUCCUCCCCGCUUUCUCUGCCGCCAAGGGUAUCCACGUCGACCUUGUCCGCAAUCCCGAGCAGCUUGAGCCUGUGAUCAAGCAGCUCGGCCCCUCUCAGAUCCUCUCUGCCGGUGUCGUUGACGGCAGAAACAUCUGGAAGAACGACUUCGCCAAAUCGCUCGACCUCCUCCAGACCGCCAUCAAGGCCCUCGGCGAGGACCGUGUCAUCGUUGCCACCUCCAGCUCUCUCCUCCACACCCCCCACACCCUCGCCAGCGAGAAGAAGCUUCCCACUGAUGUCUAUGAGUGGUUCUCUUUCGCUUCCGAGAAGGUCAAGGAGGUUGCCAUCCUUGCCAAGGCUGUCACCAACCCCGAGGCUGUCCGCGCUGAGCUCGAUGCCAACGCCGCCGCCAUCAAGGCUCGUGCCGAGUCCACCCGCACCAACGACCCCAAGGUCAAGGAGCGCCAGGCUGCCGUCACUCCUGAGCAGCACAACCGCAAGUCCGGUUUCGACACCCGCUAUGCUCAGCAGAAGAAGCACCUCAGCCUUCCCCUCUUCCCCACCACCACCAUUGGUUCCUUCCCCCAGACCAGCGAGAUUCGCGUCCAGCGCAACAAGUUCACCAAGGGUGAGAUCUCCGCCGAGGAGUACGACAACUUCAUCAAGAAGGAGAUCGACCUCGCCGUCUCCAUCCAGGACGAGCUUGACCUCGAUGUCUACGUCCACGGUGAGCCCGAGCGCAACGACAUGGUCCAGUACUUCGGUGAGCGCCUCAACGGCUACGUCUUCACCACCCACGCCUGGGUCCAGUCUUAUGGCUCUCGUUGCGUCCGUCCCCCUAUCAUCGUUGGUGACAUCUCUCGCCCCGCUCCCAUGACCGUCAAGGAGUCCAAGUAUGCCGCCUCCAUCUCCAAGAAGCCCAUGAAGGGCAUGCUUACUGGCCCUGUCACCUGCUUGCGGUGGUCUUUCCCCCGUGUCGACGUCCACCAGUCCGUCCAGUGCCAGCAGCUUGCUCUGGCCCUCCGUGACGAGGUCGUCGAUCUCGAGGCCAACGGCAUCUACGUCAUCCAGGUCGAUGAGCCUGCCCUCCGUGAGGGUCUUCCCCUCCGCAAGGGCUCUGAGCGUGACGCCUACCUCGAGUGGGCCGUCAACAGCUUCAAGCUCGCCACCGCCGGUGUUGAGGACUCCACCCAGAUCCACUCUCACUUCUGCUACUCCGAGUUCCAGGACUUCUUCCACGCCAUCGCUGCCCUCGAUGCCGAUGUCCUCUCCAUUGAGAACUCCAAGUCGGAUGCCAAGCUCCUCAAGGUCUUCAUUGACGAGGCCUACCCCCGCCACAUCGGCCCCGGUGUCUACGACAUCCACUCCCCCCGUGUUCCCGCCGAGGAGGAGUUCAAGCAGCGCAUUGAGGAGAUGCUCGAGUUCCUCCGCCCCGAGCAGCUCUGGAUCAACCCCGACUGCGGUCUCAAGACCCGCAAGUGGGACGAGGUCAAGGGUGCCCUCACCCACAUGGUCAACGCUGCCAAGUACUUCCGUGAGAAGUACGCCAACAAGGCUUAA